AGUCAGUCAGUAUGAAUGCGGCAUGCAACUUCGUCUGCUUUGGAAAAAAUGAAUUUACGGUGAAAUGAUUGAUGUUGAGCUCAGGAGGAUUCUGACAAGAACACAUACCUGAUUGCUUACGCUGAUCACAACAGAACUAUGCCUGCCUUUAUAUAAAUCAUGUCUGCUUCCCCCUCUCUUUCUCACAUCCCUCUUGGAUUUCCACCUAUUAAGCUCCCAUUUCAUGGCUUGGAGAGGAAUUUUAGGUUUCGAUUACGGCAUAGUUCAGGCUCCUUUGGGCCCCGAUAUCUCUGGUCCGCAUCUUGUCGCCGCCGUCGCCAACGCCGGUGCUCUCGGAUUUCUCAGAGCCCCUGAUUGGGAAUCGCCGGAUUACUUGAGGGAGCUCAUAAAGAAAACUAGGACCUUAACUGACAAACCGUUUGGGGUUGGUGUUGUUCUGGCAUUUCCCCACGAGGAGAACUUGAAAGUCAUUUUGGAAGAAAAAGUUGCGGUCUUACAAGUUUAUUGGGGUGAAUGUUCAAGGGAAUUGGUUAUUAAGGUUCAUUCAGCUGGGGUCAAGAUUGUUCCCCAAGUUGGGACUGUAGCAGGAGCAAAAAAGGCAAUUGAAGCAGGUGUGGAUGGGAUAAUUGUACAAGGAAGGGAAGCUGGUGGUCAUGUCAUUGGUCAGGAAUCUUUAAUAGCACUGGUGCCUCGGGUGGUUGAUCUUGUUGGAGACAGAGACAUACCUGUUAUUGCAGCAGGAGGAAUUGUGGAUGCACGAGGAUAUGUUGCUGCUCUGGCACUUGGUGCCCAAGGCGUCUGUCUAGGAACUAGGUUUCUAGCCACUAGGGAAAGCAAUGCUCACCCUACAUACAAGAGGAAAUUGGUUGAGCUUGAUGAAACUGAGUACACUGAUGUAUUUGGCCGGGCGAGAUGGCCGAGCGCACCUCAGCGUGUGCUGGUGACAGCUUUCUUCAGCGAUUGGAGAUCCCUUCCACCCCAUGAAAAUGAAGCCAACCAGCCCAUCAUUGGCCAUUCAAAGAUUAAUGGAUUGGAGAAAGAGAUUCGUCGAUUUGCGGGAACAGUGCCAAACAUGUCAACUACAGGGGACCUGGAAAGCAUGGCUAUGUAUGCUGGGCAAGGUGUUGGUCUCAUAAGGGAAAUCCUGCCUGCUGCUGAAGUUGUGAGAAAGUUGGUUGAAGGUGCUCAGCUUCUGAUUCACCAAAACUUCCAGCAGCAGUACAAGUGAAGUCGUAAUAUAGAGUAGACCUCCCACUGUUUCUUACUGAAUCUGCCUCUUGUUUAAAUUCAGAUAUGUUUUCCGGUGUGUGAUGUUUGCAAGUUGAGGCCUCACUGGUUUGAGAAACAAUAAGUGUACUCCAUUUGAAGUUUUCAGCCUUGAUCAAUAAAGACAGAAAUUUACCUUAGCCUGCAUGAGGGAUUAUUUUCCCUUGAAUCUUA